GGUUUGAAAAUGGUUGACCCGGUCAAGUUUAGUCUGGUGGAGGCCUUGGAGUGUUUCAGAAACUGUCUGACUGACGAUGGGGAGAUCGUGCAGGAGCACUACUUAAAUGGAUGGAAGGGGCUGGUAAAGUUCAUGAAUAGCCUCGGGAAGGCCUUUUCCUUUAUUUCAAGCGAUGCCGUCGCCAAAAUCCAAAUUCUGGAAAACUACAGAUGUGGUGCAAAUGGCCAUGAUUAUCUAACAAUUCAGUCAAUGGUGAAAUUUGAGGUAGACCACAACCUUGUGGAUCUGAAGAAGCGGGGCGACUACUCGAAUUCUGGCUGUCGUACGUUACUGCGGCUCCAUCGUGCCCUCAAGUGGCUGCAGCUCUUUCUGGAGAAGUUGCGGGUAGCUCCUGACGAUAGCAAAACGUCCGUCCUUUGUACAGAGGCCUAUAAUGACUCCCUGGCCAACUAUCAUCCCUGGAUAAUAUGCAAAGCUGCAGCUGUUGCCUUUUAUAUGCUGCCAAGCCGAGCAAGCUUCUUUGAGAUUAUGAAUAUGGGUCCGACUGAAAAGGUUGUGGCUAUACUGGGAGAAGCACUGCCACUCAUUUCAAAGACUUACAACAUCACACAAGACCUAUACAGUAAACACGGCUUGCUUGACCUUCCUUAAUAGAGCACUUUUGUAAAGCAGUUGGGUUGUGUUGGGCAUUUUAAUAGUGGUAUCUUCAAAUGCAAACUUCAGCUACCAAAUAUUCCACGUUUAAUAGAAAAAACUACUUUAACAUCAAUUCACCUGAAAAUAAUUUAUUGGCUACUCCCUUCACUCUGCGAAACUGUUUAUUGAAAGGGUAAAUAUCAAUGAGAUCCCUAGACUGACGGGAUGAAAAUGUCACUUGUCUGUAUGGAUUCUUCGUAAAAUGAAGCUGAGAAAUUUCAAACUAGUUGCUAAAAGGCGUGGCCCCACAGUGCAGAACUGGUUUGGGAGGGUCAUAGGAUGACUGGUAUGGAAAGUGAAAAAUAGGUUUAGGUACAGCCAGGAUGCUUCUCAAAGGUUAGAACAGAUUAUGGGAGUGUUGUUCAGCAUUUAACCGUAAUCGUAGCUAACCUGGGAAUGAUUGCAGACACUGCUGCCCAAAAUAGAAAGUAUUUCGUUCCAUAGGACUACUAUCCCUAAUCUCCAUCAUUUACUUUCACAGUGACAUUUGAUUCAUGAAAUGGCCUGCUUCAAAACCUCUUUUUCAUAUUUUUUUGGCUGCCAGUGGUGUUUGCCAUGCAUCAAUAUUUAUUGCAGCACAAACCGCCAUUGCUUCUGCAUUUUUCAGGUGGUAUUGGUGCCAUGAAGAUGCCCAACUGUUUAAAAGCUGGGUAAAACAGCCUAGGAGUCAUUUUAAAAGGAUGAAAAUGAUCCUUCAAAAAAUUUCAAGAAUAUUCAUUUGCAAUGCCUCAAGCUCCAAUGCACAAGAGUAAGCUUUAAUUCAAUCCCUAUUGCUGACCAAGAACAUGCUUUAAUAAUCUUUGGAUGUGUAAAUGAAGAUCACAUGUCUUCAAUGAGAAAAGUUAACACUAUAAAUUGCCCCCACUCUCACCAUUAUAUUCUCUACUCUCUAACGGUGUUAACAGCGCCGGUCUAUUAACCAGUUAGGGAGUGGAAAAUCCAGUGUUUCCGCAGUGUUUCCUAUGAUUCUAAGGGUAUCAGAAACAUAUGCCUUUUCCAAAUGCUCAUUCUUCAUGUCUGAAUGUGGGCUGUGAGCCUGUUUAACUAUGGCAUUCAUCACAGUCCAGCCUAAUUCUGUUGUCAGUGACUUAAACAUUUUGUGCAUUUCGAAGUAGGUUUGGCGGCGGGCGGGUGGGGGGGCGCGGUGACUGACAAUUUUUUGUUCCUGUUUCUUUUGUCCAAGGACAGCAAAGCCAUUUGUACUACCUCAAUGAAACAGGGUAGCUGAGUCCAAGCCAUAGAUUGAUUCUGGGCCCCUCCCAGCUGAGUGAUACACAAUUGUAUAGCUGAGCUUGUAAUUGUGAGAAGAUGAAACAUAGGCUAAUGAGUCAUCUCCUUUAUGUGUUCUAUAGCUUUGUUAUACUCCGUAAACAGGUAAGUUUAAAAAGCUUCCCUCCCACUAUCCAAAUAUCAUUUUUAAAUUCAGUUGUUCUUAGCUCCAAGAUGGUAGGUGUACUUGGUCCAGCUAUGAACAAGUUCAUGACGAAGGCUCUAAAAUGUUCUCAUUUCAGAUACUGACUGAUACUGUUAUGUGAUUGAAUUAAGUUGUAUAAAAGCUAUUGCUUGGAAUGAGCAACAAAGCCAUUAGAUUACUACCACAGUUAAAAAGAGACCAGUCCCCAGUAUUACUUUUGCAAGAUUGAAUUCGGAGAAAUUUGAAGUCAUCGUAGAACUAGAAUAUAUGGUUUAGAUAACUUUUUGAACUGCGUUUUCUUGGUAUACUUCAUGUAUCUUUUAACCAUAUCAUUUGCUUUGCAAGUUAGGAAAUGAAAAGGGAAUGUAUGUUAGUUUAAGAACACCUGGAAUGCUUUCAUUGUUCUGUGUGGAAAGAAUAAGCCAUUUACUGUGUAUUUUUGUUUCUCCCGCCUCUUUCUGGGUACAGUUCAACUGGCAUUUGCUGUUUUCCAGAAUGGCCUGUCAACAGGUGAUCCUGGAUAGUGUCUUGUUAUAAAAGGGCAUGACAUCCACGCCUAAUCCUGGAUAGACAGACAGACAGAAAUCGAUGGUUAACAAUCAGCUGUGAUUUUUCCUUGCCCUGUUCCCCCACUGUCAUUCAGGUCAAUUUUAAUGCCUCAAUGGAGCGCAGCAAAUUUUUGGGUUGAACAAUGAACCUUUUUUGGUCUGUGCAGGGGCAGUGCACUUACCCAGUUGAUUAGCUGCGGAAGAUUAGUCAUUUAUAACUCUUUUAGAAGAACAGGAAUUGUAGUCAGUGAAUUCUGUUAACAGCGCCGGUCUAUUAACUGGUUAGGGAGUGGAAAAUCCAGUGUUUCCGCAGAAACUGGAAACAGUAUGUGCAGAAUUUCUGCGAAAACAAGAUCAGCUCAGCUGUGAUGCUCCCUGUGGUCCAAGAAGCUGCUGCUUGUUGUCUAGACUAAAACAUGAACAAUGGAGCCAGUGGCCUUUUACCCCAGGAAGAGUCACUGCUUUUAGGACAUAGAUGGAAACAGGAAACAAAAAGAAAGGGAUUUCAAACAAUUGCAGAUAAACUUUAAUUAAUUAUGUGAAGAACACUGGAAGUUAGUCUUAAUGAUUAUUUUCACUGAGAUCAGAAUUGUUACUGGGAUUUUUUUUCCUAAUCCUGUUCACAUAUCCGCUUUAAUCAACACGAGUCUUUGAGUAGUCAAAAAGGCAACUCUUACACUCCUUGUUUUCAACUAUUAUACGUGAAUGAGUUUGACCUACUUUGGAGGAUUUUCAUAAUCGUUAGUCUAGUUAUAAACUUGUCUAAAUUUCAACCAUUAUAAUAACAUUAUAAUUGCUGGACUUCAAAAAUAAUACUACUUCCUUCUGAAUGUAGAUGUUUAUAAUAUCAGAAAUAUGUUUAUAUUUGAUCUUUGACCAAACAUGAUUCAUAAUUUAUUUAAAAUUAGGGUAUCUUUGUAAUUUUGGAAUAAUUAUGUUCACUGUAUAAAAGCAUUAAAUUGUGAUGUACAUCA